AAGUUUUGCCCCUUCACCCAACUUUAAAGCUGACCCAUAAUUUUAUCAUCUUUCAAAUUCCUCCUAAAAUUAAAAAAGAAAAGGGAAUGGUUUCAUAAUAAAGUUUGAAUCUUGAUGCUUUCUUGAAGCUUUAUUAUUCUCUUCUUUACAUACCCAGUUUCCCCCUUCUGUGGGGUUUGGGUUUUACAGCUUUGAUUCCAAGAUUCCCCAAAACCCAUUUUCAAGAUUUGUUGUGAAAGAUAGUUAAUAAUAAAAAAAAAAAAGAAGAAAAGAAAAUUAUAAUCAAACCCCACUUCCCCACAUGCUUGUUUUUUUGAUGUUUGUCUGAUCUGGAUUGGAUCACAAACUAGUACUAGUACUAUUUUAUAUAUUUGUGAUUUGUGGUGGGGGAAUACUAGCCUUAGCCUCUGCUUUCCACUUACUUACCCUUAUUUUUAAAAUAAGGUCUUGCCCAUUGCAGUGUAUUCAUAUUGCUGAUAUUUGGAAGGGAAAUACAUAUUUUUGUAUUAUUCAAGUUUGUGUUUAUUUGAAUGGCUGAUUAGGGUUUGGUUGUGUUUUUGGAUUGAUUAGUAUUUAGUAAUGGCAGCGAUAGAUGUUACGAAAUAUUCACAUAGUCCUACACACAAAGCCGUAGUGUCAAAAGAUUAUGGUGGUUUGAGGAAAAUUAUUGCUGGGCUGCCACGACUCUGCGAUCCUUCAGAGAUUCAUAAUGAAUCUAUUUCUUUAGCAGAGGAAGCUAAGGCUGAUGCAAUCUCUGCUGUCAUUGACCGUCGUGAUGUGGUUAAUCGUGAUACGCCAUUGCAUCUGGCCGUUAAACUUGGUGAUGUGACUGCCACAGAAAUGCUAAUGCUGGCUGGUGCGGAUUGGAGUUUGCAGAAUGAGCAGGGUUGGAGUGCUCUUCAAGAAGCUAUUUGUAAUAGGGAAGAAACGAUUGCUAGGAUUAUAGUUAGACAUUAUCAGCCAAUAGCAUGGGGCAAAUGGUGUAGGAGGUUGCCUCGUUUGGUAGGAACAAUGAGAAGAAUGCGGGAUUUCUAUAUGGAAAUCACUUUUCAAUUUGAAAGCUCGGUUAUUCCUUUUAUUUCCAGAAUUGCUCCUUCGGAUACUUACAAGAUUUGGAAACAGGGUGCAAAUUUAAGGGCAGAUAUGACUUUAGCUGGUUUUGAUGGGUUCCGGAUACAACGAGCUGAUCAAACUGUUUUGUUCCUUGGUGACGGCUCUGAGGAUGGGAAAGUUCCUCCUGGGUCUCUUUGUAUGAUCUCACACAAAAAUAAAGAGGUGAUGAAUGCUUUAGAUGGUGCUGGUGCACCAGCAUCUGAUGCUGAGGUGCAGCAAGAAGUGCAAGCAAUGUCACAGACUAAUAUUUUUAGGCCUGGGAUCGAUGUUACUCAGGCUGUUCUUUUGCCACAAAUUUCAUGGAGACGGCAGGAAAAAACAGAAACUGUUGGGGGGUGGAAGUGUAAAGUUUAUGAUAUGCACAAUGUGGUUGUAAGUAUAAAAUCUAGACGGGUCCCGGGUGCGAUGUCUGAUGAUGAGUUUUUCUCGUCUUGUAAUGAAAACGAAACAGAAAGUGAAGAGCUUAAUGACAUUUUAACAGAUGAGGAACGGAAACAACUUGAAGCUGCAUUAAAGUUGGAUUCUUCAGAGUUGGGCCCCGAAAACACUGAUGGGAUGAUUGGGCAUCGCCAUAGCUGUGUUGAACAAAGAGAUCUCCCAAUUGAGGACGUACUGACCUAUAAAAAUGGUGACCUUAUGCAUGAAAAAGAAAAGAAAGGGUGGUUUGAUGGAUGGAAAAAACGGGAUGGUAAUAAACAUGCAAGGCCCAGAAAGAGUGCACCGGUCCCACCCAGAGGUUCGUUAUGUAUGGAAGAGAAGGUUAGUGAUCUACUUGGGGACUCACCAUCUACAAGUCAAAGUCAAAUCCAACCUGGAAGGCAUUCGAUGGAAGUCACUGUUAAAGAAAAUGACAACAGGAGAGGGAAAGAUUUGAAACCAUCUUCAUCAACUGGUUUGAACGGUAUCAAUCGGCGAAAAGAUGCGAGCCGUGAGAAUGAGUAUAAAAAAGGGUUGAGGCCCAUUCUUUGGCUUGCACCCAACUUCCCAUUGCGUACAGAGGAACUCUUACCCUUGCUUGACAUUUUAGCAAAUAAAGUUAAGGCAAUUCGAAGGUUGAGAGAUUUGCUAACCACAAAACUUCCAAUGGGAACAUUUCCUGUUAAGGUUGCUAUUCCAGUGAUCCCCACAAUACGGGUGCUGGUUACUUUCACAAAGUUUGAAGAACUACAACCAUCAGAUGAAUUCGCCACCCCACCUUCUAGUCCAACUGGCGGUGACCAUGAUAGCCCAUCAAUGACAAAUCCCUCUGCACCAUCCUCAUCUUGGUUUCAGUGGAUUAAGACUCCAUACCAUCGUGCUAACUCAACAUCCAAUGCUUCAAGCAGUAGGAUAGAAAAUAUUGUUGACCCUUUUGCGAUUCCUGCCGACUACACAUGGAUCAGUGCUGAAGCAAAGAAGAAGAAGAUGCAGGAGAAGAACAAAUCAAAGAAAGGAAGAAGUCAAAGUCAAAAUCAGUAGUCAAAGAGUUAGUAUCAAGGCACUUGACAGAGAUACCAAGUCAGUAACAUUGUUUUUAUUGAACUUUUACUAAUUUGCACUAGAUUAAGAACGAAAUUUGGAGCCACUUUACUCUCGAGUAUGCUGUUAGGGUUGAGACUCCAGUAAAUCAUUGUGGGGGGUAUAAAAAGUAGAAAUUGUGAUUCUUAAAUUUCCUCGUAACCAUUGUUGACUUCCAUUGUUUGACAUUGUGGUCAAUGCUUACGUUUUCAAUAUUUUAGAUGAAUUUAUUGAUUUUUUUUUUCCCGAA